CCAUUUCAUGCUGCAUCACCAAAGUAAGGGUACUUGGGCGUGUUCGCAAGAAGCUUUGGGACAUCUAUUCUAAUCAUUAUCUGUGCUCGCAAUCGUCGCGACUGGGGCGGUAUACACGCGUGUACUAACGACCACGGAGCUGCACUCAAAGCGUGAGGGCCACACAGGCCACAGAGUUCAUACUCGAUGAGCUCAGUAUCUCCUCAACAUCAGGACUGCCGAGCACGAGUGCCUUCGCCCGAAUGACAAUUGAAUCAACGACGCAGCAGACGCGAUGUGCCCGCAGACGUCGCGCGCACACGAGCGCUUGAGUGAGUUGCCUGCUUCGCCACACACGCGUGCGCUCGCCACUCACAACUGCUUUCCACCAUGUCGGACGCACGUUCUCUCCUCCGAGCGAAACGACAAGAGGUCCGCGUCAACCACCCGCUCGCGUCCUACUCCGCGAGCGGCCAGCUGCGCUGCAUCGCGUGCGGGCUCAACAUCAAGCAGGGCACGUCCUGGGAGGGCCACAUCGGCAGCAAGCAGCACCGCACGAGCGCGGCGCGGCUCCGGGAGGAGGAGCAGCGGCGAGCGCAGGAGGAGCUCCUCAGGCAGAAGCGGAAGGCGUCCGAGGAGCCGUCGGACGGGGAGGACGAGGGCGUCGAGGCGAAGCGGAGGAGGGUAGACGAGGAGGAGGAGGAUGCACAACAGCUCCCGCCGGCCGCCCAGGGAGAUUUCCCCACGGACUUCUUUUCGGACCCGUCUCGCGCACCACCACCACCCUCCGAGGAUACGGACGACGAAGACGCGCCAGACGGCGCAUCAGGUGCGCCCGCCGCGCCGGCGUCGAGGAGCGCGAUCGACGAGGAGUGGGAGCGGUUCCAGGCCGCAGUCGUCAACGCACCCGACAUCCGCGAGACAUACGAGCAAGCGACCAUAUUUGCUGAGCCGGUGCUUGCGCCAGAGGUCCCGGAAGGCUUUCCGCCACAGACGACGGAAGACGCGCAGGACGGUCAGGACGCAGUGGUCGACGAGGGGGCGAUUCGGAGGCGGAAAGAGCAGGACGAGAAGGAACUCAUUAUGGACAGGCUGCUGGAGGAGGAGCGGGUGCAGGAGGAGGCGGAUGCGAAGGUGUCGCUGUUGAAGGCACGGCUGGAGGCGGUCAAGCGGCAAAGGGAGGCAAGAAAGGCAACGAAGGCCUUCAGAGGCGGACAGACAUAGCAGUGAGUGCAAGCAUUAUGGACAAUUACAGGUGCA